AUAGUCACACACCCAGCGACCGACCGGGGAACGGCGUUCAUAGUUACCCUGUCUUUGCUCAUGUGGGUGAGAGAGAUGGUUGGAAGUGGAUGUCAUUUUUUCUUCUGGCGAUGGCGGAGCUUACGGCGUGAUCGGAAAGGUGCAGGAUCGGAACGGAGCAGUGAAGAAGGAGAAGAAGAAGAAGAUUUAGGCGGAUUCGACUCGACCCAACUCGAUUCUUAACAGAAGGGUAGAAGAACCGAAGCGCGAUGCAGAGGAAACAGCGUCUGACGCAGCCGUCGCUGCUGUCGAGGGCAGUCGAUAGUGUGUUUCGGUUCGUGCGGUUGGCGGAAUUCGAGAUCCUGUUUGUGCUCUUUUUCGUCAUCGUGUAUUUGCUCUUUAAGGACUUGACAUCUCGGCCAGAUUACAAUCGGAUUUUAUCCAAGAAGAGGUUAGACGAGAUUACUAGUGGUGUGUACUGAGACUUCAGCAUGUUUCGGAGCUCUUUUCACGCAGGCUUCUCUUAAGCUUGCGCAAUAAGAGGGUUUAAAAAUAGGGAACAAGGAAGGCCUGUUGGUCUCCAUGCACUGUUCACGGUGCUCAUUUACACUUAUGCUUUACCCUAAGGAGUGACUGCCACCGCUUGUAUACCUUCUGGACUUCUUUGAUACAAUCAUGCACGGUGUGUUGUUAGACUUUAAUUUGGGUGACUGGAAAUUUGAUCCUGUCAUGCGCAUUGUUGCCAGCAGAUAAUGUUGGCGUGUGUAACUUGUAGAGCCCACAUAUAACAGGAAGUUUUCGUAUCGUGGGUUUAGAUGAAUGUGCUUGUACCGUUUUACCUAUGAAGGAAGCUUAUUCCGCAGUCGUGUUUUUUGGUUCA